UGCGUGCGGGGCGGAAGUCAAAUACACGCUACGGUUGUUAAACUCGUCCAAAUUCUUUAUUAUUAAACAAUUGUGCGCUAUUAUUCAUCAUUCGUGUGGACGAAUCGCAUUUAUUUCGCCCUUCAUGGCUCCCACUAUUCAAACACAAGCGCAGCGGGAAGACGGACACCGGAGUUCAGCGCACAGAAGCGUCUCAGAGAGAUCUGGUGUGGUGUGCAGAGUGAAAUAUGCCAACAGUCUUCCUGAUAUCCCGUUUGAUCCGAAGUUCAUCACAUAUCCGUUUGACCAGCACAGGUUUGUGCAGUAUAAAGCCACAUCACUAGAGAAACAACACAAACACGAGCUGCUCACUGAACCUGAUCUCGGCGUCACAAUCGACCUUAUUAACCCUGAUACAUACCGCAUCGACCCGAACAUUCUGUUGGAUCCUGCUGAUGAGAAACUUCUGGAAGAGGAGAUUCAGGCUGCAUCCAGCUCAAAGAGGUCACAGCAGCAUGCGAAGGUGGUGCCGUGGAUGAGAAAGACGGAGUACAUCUCCACAGAGUUCAACAGAUAUGGCGUCUCCAACGAGAAGGUGGAAGUGAAGAUCGGUGUGUCAGUGAAGCAGCAGUUCACAGAAGAGGAGAUCUAUAAGGACAGAGACAGUCAGAUCGCUGCUAUUGAGAAGACGUUUGAGGACGCACAGAAAUCUAUUUCUCAGCAUUACAGUAAACCCAGAGUCACACCAGUGGAGGUUCUGCCUGUGUUCCCUGACUUCAAGAUGUGGAUUAAUCCGUGUGCUCAAGUCAUCUUUGAUUCUGAUCCGGCACCUAAAGAUGUUUCUGCACCAGCGGGAGUGGAUAUGAUGUCACAGGCCAUGAUCAGGGGUAUGAUGGAUGAAGAGGGGAAUCAGUUUGUGGCGUACUUCCUGCCGAACGAGGACACGAUGCGCAAACGCAAGAGAGACGUCGAAGAGGACUUGGAGUACAUGCCUGAUGAAGUGUACGAUUAUAAAAUCGCUCGUGAGUAUAACUGGAACGUGAAGAACAAGGCCAGUAAAGGAUACGAGGAGAAUUAUUUCUUCAUCUUCAGAGACAGCGAUGGAGUUUAUUAUAAUGAGCUGGAGACCAGGGUGCGUCUGAGCAAGCGGCGGGCGAAGGUUGGCGCUCAGUCAUCUAUGAAUGCUGUGUUGGUGUGUAAACACAGAGACAUGAACGAGAAAGAGCUGGAAGCUCAGGAGGCCCGCAAAGCUCAGCUGGAGAAUCACGAGCCGGAGGAUGAAGAGGAAGAGCUGGACCUGGACAAAGACCUGCAGGACUCUGGUAAAAUCAUCAUCAUCAUUAGACAAGUACUGUGUGUGUGUGUGUGUGUGUGUGUGUGUUUAUUAAUGUGUGUGUGUUCAGGUGAGGAGAGAGGUCAGGCGAGUGACAGCGAAAACUCAGUGAGUGAGUCUGAUCGUGAGGAAGAGGAGCGUCCGGCUGAUGAAGAUGAGGAGGAGGAGGAGGGUCCCAAGCGUCGUGAGAGGAAGAGCAGCGGCAGCGAGAGUGGAGACGACCGGCAGGCUCGUGAUGAAGAGGAGAUCUUCGGCUCUGAUGAUGACAGUGAGGAAGACGAGGGUGGGCGAGCGAGGAGCGCCAGCAGCAGUGUACAGCAGAGCGGGAGUGAGAGAGCGAGCGACUCGAGUGACGGCAGCGACAGCGAAUGAGAGACUGACACGUCACACGCACACAAACACACUCUGUUUCCAUAUCACCUGGAACAAUCGCUGCCAUUUCCUGUUUCUUCUGCUUAUAUUUUAUAAUUAAAAUUCUGUCAUCAUUUACUCACCCUCACGUUGUUCUAAACCUUUAUUAAGCUCUUGUGGAACACAAAAGGGGAACCUUUGCCGAAUGUUAGUUUCAGUCACCAUUUGAUUGUAUGGACCUUAUGCAGUGAAAGUAAAUGGUGACUGAGGCUGUCAAAGGGUUUUGGAACGAUAUGAGGAUGAGUAAAUGAUGACAGAACUUUCCUUUUUGUUUGAAAUUUCCCUUUAACUUCUAAAUGACAGUUCACACUAAUGCUGUCCAGAAAAAUUACAAAUUAUUUCAUUUUCUCACCCAAAUCUGUCUGUGUUGUUUCAGAUCGUUUCAUCACUCUUUGUGUCUUUAAAUGUGGACUGAACAGUGUACAACAGCGAUUUGUUUCAGUUGUAAUUCAUUUGAAUAUCAGAUGUUGUGAUGUGAGAUGAACUGAAUGAAUACAGACUAUAGAGUUUCA